AUGAAGGAAAUCGAUGGAUCCAAGGAUCUAUUCCAAGAACUAGCAUCGCAGCUUGAAGAGAAACCGUCCCUAGAAGAAUGUCAAUUGAGUCGAAAAUCUCGAUAUUUUCAUCGACAAUCCCGUCAAAAAUCGAUUUCUGUAGAACCGGAAAAAACGAAAAAAAAGCUCAUCGUUGAGGAAUCCUCAUCUGAUGACGAGAUGCCAACUGUGCCACCGCCGAAAAUUCGAAAAAAGAAAAUGGCUGAAACUCCAAGCGAGAUCAUCGAAAUUGACAUAAGUUCCGACGACGAUGUUCCACCUCCGACGCCAUCUCCAACGCCUACCAUCGAUUUGACAAUGGAUUCAGACGACGAGGAGAUUCGAAUUCCAGACAUUUUGCCAGAACACGAAGUCAGAGAAGUGAUUCCAGAGAGAAUUCUCUCUCCACAUCUCCUACGAGGCCGUCUCCCAACAUGGUACUACUCGAGAAAGCUGGAAAACGAGAAAUUGCUGAAAUCAAUGGCUGAAAAACGAGAAAUCCGAGAAAAGCUGGAAAAAGAGAGGGAAGAGACGGAGAGAAAAGAGGAGCAACUGGAAAAACGACGAUUUCUAGACAGAGAGAGACAUAAAAGACGCAGAGAAGAGAUGAAGAAAAAUCGAGAAUCGAAAAAUUUUCCAGAUCCAUCUGUAAAUCCAUCGACAAUUUCGCUCGAGAAAGUGGACAUAGUUCCAUGGGCGUCUUCAACAAAAAAGCCACGUCAAGCAGAAUCUCAUGCAACGUCAUCUGCUCAGAAUCUUCUAGAAGCCGUUCUGAAUACACCGACGUCUUCUGAAUCCUCUGAAGACGUUAUUCGAGGAUUCCAAGAAAUGGAAAUUGCACUUUUAGAUGUCGUGGAGGUUGUGGAAGAUGAAGAUGUUCAGAUUCUGGAGGAAAAUGUGGAAGAGCCACAACCCCUGGAUGAUCUCGAUCAAAUCGAAGGACUCUUUUUCGAGGAACACGAGACGCUGCUGAAAAUUCCAGACGCUGAAAUUGAGCAAAUAGACGCGAACGACGAUAUCGACACCAAUUUUUUGUCGAUUAUUAUGGACGAUCGAGUUCCGAUCAAUGAAUUGGAUCGAUAUUUGAAUAGUUGA